GUUCUGCUGAAGGACGUCACCACGGUGUCUCUUCCCUCAGUCAUGGACCCUCUGGCCUUCGAGAGCGUGUUAAACUCGGCCUACACGGGUCAGCUCAGCAUCGUGCGCGACGACAUCAUCAACUACGUCACGGUGGCCAGCUUCCUGCAGAUGUGGCACAUCGUGGACAAGUGCACGGACAUCCUGAAGAGGUCGCGACCUUUGGUUCAGGUCAGCCCCGGCGGGGCGACGUCCUCCAGUCACCAGUCGCCCAGCAGCUCCGACUGCUGCUUCGCCGAUCCGGAGGACGGGGAGCGAGCGGCGAGCGAACAAACUCUGGAAAAACGGCCGCAAAGCGCACUACCGCCUCUGGCCACAUGGAGGCGUCCAACUCAGAGCAGGUGGAGCAGAAGCAGCCUGACGUUCCCCGUCCGAACGGAGCCCGAAUGCGGCCCAAAUACGGGAGACGAAGGUUUCCACGCAUUCCCCGUUGCGCCUUUGCCGUCCAUUGAAACUUCGGACUUCCCAAGGCACCGAAUCCGCGCUCGCCUCCGAGGAGCGAAGGAAGACGAGGAGCAGCGGAGGAUGGAAGCGGAUGAAGGAGUCGGAGAGCCACUGGAUGAGGACAAAGUGAGGGUGAAGUGUGAGGAGCACCAGGCCGGAGCCGCCGAGUCGGACGGACGUCUCAGAGAGAGCGGCGAGACGGACGGACUGUGGAACCAGUGGACUUUGUCGGACGCCAAGCUCCUGGACGACGAAGACGAGGAGGACGAAACGGACGUCACGUUCGAGACCUACGACGAGAUCGAAAAGGCCACGGGGCAGAUCUCCCAGCGUCCUUUGCCACCGCCGGGACCAUCCGACCAGUUGGCGCCGGGACCGUCCGAGCUCUCCUGGGCCUCGCAGUCGUCCUCGUCCUCCCCGUGCUCUCCUCUCUCUGCGACGCCCAAAGUUCACUUCUGUCACUGCGGCAAAGCGUACACGCUGAAGAGCAUGCGCGACCGCCACGUGAAAAUGCAGCACCUGAACCUGCGUCCGUUCGUCUGCCCCGUCUGCUCCAAGAGCUUCAAGAUGAAGCACCACCUGACCAAACACGUCAAGACGCACGGAGGCCUGCGUCCGUACGAGUGCGCGCUCUGCGGCAAGAAGAUCGUCUGGAGAGACAGUUUCCUCAAGCAUCAGGCUCGCUGCCAGGGAACGACGACGACGACGUCUGAUUAA